CCAAUGGGAAGCGAGGGGGCGUGGCUACGGCGCGGCGUUUGAAUCGGCGCUUCGGCGGGACAAGAUGGCGGCGGAAGAGAAGGAGGCAGACGAGGGAGCCGGUCUCGGCGGGGCUUCUUCCGCCUCGGAAACGCUUCCCGGCCGGGAGAGGGUCCUGGACUUCGCCGCCGAGUGCUCCCUCCGCACCCUGGAGCCCGGCCUGAAGCACAUGUUUGCCAAGUGCUUCCGGCGCCUCUACAAGGCCCAGCGUCGCCUCGCAAGGUGCGUUUACGACCAGUUUCUGGCCCAUUUUCAGAGCUUCGUCAAGGCGGAGAUCCAGAUCCUGAAGGAGGAAGGGAACCUCUCGGCACUCUUGGCCUCCCUGGAUCGAAUGGCCGAAGCAGCCAAGGGCAGGCCGGGCCCCGCCUGGCGCCCGUCUGGGACCCCGGAGGCGGACCUCCCUGCGUUGUUGUCCCCCUGCUUGGUGGUGCAGCGGCGCUUCCUGCAGGCCUCCCUGGAGAAGGCCGAGGCCCGCAGCGCCCGCCUGGCCCAAGCCGUGACCCAAGGGCGCCAGGAGAUCCACCGGCUGGAGGAGGAGGCCCAGCGACACCGCGAACACUGGAAGGCCAUUGCAGCGGAAGGCCGAGAGCGGGUGAACGCGUUGGAGGAGGUCCCUUGAGCACCACGGAUCUCGGCUUUCUUGGACAGGAAGUCCUCCCCCUCCAAGCAUGUUUCCUCUGCAAGGAAGAGGGCGGGACUUCCUGUGGGGUCUGUCUCUGUGGAUGAUUGGCGUGUAAAUAAAGUGGGUUUUUGGUUCUGCUUGGCGUCGGAAAUAGUUGA